GCGGCGUCGGGGAACUCGGGCCGCGACUCUUCGCCCCCCACUCGGUGCCCGGCGAUGGCGGCUCUAGCGUUUUUACGCAAUUGGAUGCUCUUCCCUCUGGCAGCCCGGCCUGAUCUGGCCGCCGCCAGGAAUGACGCGGGUGCCCCCACGGCCCCGGCUGCGGGCGGGGAGGGCGAGCCCCACCGCCCGCCCCGCGACGCCCUCCUGGGCCGUUCCGAUAAGGAGCCGCGGGCGGGAGCUGCGGUCGCCCAGAGCCGCGCUGAAACCGCGCCGCCGCCCAGAGACCCCGGGCCGCCGGAGCCGCGGGGCCGGGCCAUGGACUCAGCCGGCGCCCCCCGCGCCCCCCGGGGCCUGCUCCCCAGGCCCUGCCGCGUGCUGGUGCUGCUGAACCCGCGCGGAGGCAAGGGCAAGGCCCUGCAGCUGUUCCGCAGCCACGUGCAGCCCCUCCUGGCCGAGGCCCAGUUCUCCUUCACGCUGAUGAUCACGGAGCGGCGGAACCACGCCCGGGAGCUGGUGCGCGCCGAGGAGCUGGGCCGCUGGGACGCACUGGCUGUCAUGUCUGGGGACGGCCUGAUACACGAGGUGGUGAAUGGGCUCAUGGACAGGCCUGACUGGAAGACGGCCAUCCAGAAGCCCCUGUGCACCCUCCCCGGAGGCUCGGGGAACGCCCUGGCCGCCUCCAUCAACCACUAUGCUGGCUAUGAGCAGGUGACCAACGAAGACCUCCUGACCAACUGCACGCAGCUGCUGUGUGGCAGGCUCCUGUCGCCCAUGAACCUGCUCUCGCUGCACACCGCCUCGGGGCUGCAGCUCUACUCGGUGCUCAGCCUGGCCUGGGGCUUCGUGGCCGACGUGGACCUGGAGAGUGAGAAGUACCGGCGCCUCGGGGAGCUGCGCUUCACCGUGGGUACUUUCCUGCGCCUGACGACCCUCCGCAUCUACCAGGGCCAGCUGGCCUAUCUCCCCGUAGCCAGUGCCGUCUCCGCGCUGCCCACCUCCACGCUGGCACAGCAGCAGGGUCCUAGGGCCACGCACCUCGUCCCCCUGGAUGAGCCAGUGCCGGCCCACUGGACUGUGGUACCCGAGCAGGACUUUGUGCUGGUGCUGCUGCUUCUGCACAGCCACCUGGGCAGCGAGAUGUUAGCGGCCCCCAUGGGCCGCUGCGCGGCCGGCACCAUGCACCUGUUCUACGUGCGGGCGGGCGUGUCCAGGACCAUGCUGCUGCGGCUCUUCCUGGCCAUGCAGAAGGGCAAGCACAUGGAGUAUGACUGCCCCUACGUGGUGCACGUCCCCGUGGUGGCCUUCCGCCUGGAGCCCAAGAACCACAGCGGUGUGUUUGCUGUGGAUGGGGAGCUGUUGGCCAGUGAACCUGUGCAGGGCCAGGUGCACCCAGACUACAUCUGGAUGGUCAGCGGCUGUGAGGAGCCUCAGCAGAGACCACCCCCAGAAAAGCCUUUGUGACUCAGGCGCCCCCCCCCCCCACUGCCUUUGUCUACCACAGCUAGGCCGACACUGGGGUCCUCUGCCCUGCCCCAGGAAAGCAGGGCCUGUCUACAGUUCCUGUGGAGGGUGGGCUCAGGGGGUCCUUGCUAGUUGGGCCGGUUGCCAGUGGAGCCUCUCCCUGACCCCUGCAUCCAAUGCAAAUAAAAUGACAU